CACCCAGACAGGGCAGGACACCUGGCAACAGGCUGCUGGGCAUUAAUUACUUUCUAUGCUCACAGUCGCAGGAACAACGGAUGUCCUGCAGGAGGCCAAGGUCCACCUCAUCGACCUCAACCUCUGCAACAGCAGCCAGUGGUAUGGAGGGGCCAUCCACUCCCACAGCCUGUGCACUGGCUAUCCGUAGGGUGUCAUUAUCACCUCCCAGACAGAAGGUGACAGUGGUGGUCCUCUCGUCUGCAAAGACAACAAUGCUGAUUACUGCUGGCUUGUUGGGGUGACCAGCUGGGGGAGAGGCUGUGCAAGAGCAAAACAGCCCCGAGUCUACACCUCCACUCAGCACUUUUACGAUAGGAUUCUGGUACAGAUGGGACUACCAGCAGUAACAGCUACUCCAAUGCCACAGCCAGUCUUCACCCCAACCCUGUUUCAGAGACCAAGGCCAAUACCAACACAGGCGAGCAGGUUUACACCCUGUCCAUUUCCACGACAGAAGCUGGUGGAAUUCUUUACUAGGCUGCAAGAGCUCCUGCAGAUCUUACAGGGAAAAAAGCAGCAUCAUGAGCAGGACCCAGUUCAAGCUGCAGCACACUACCACCAUCUCCAGCAGGGGUACUGCCUGCUGAUCCAAAGGCACCCUCACUUCAAAGGCCUGCUUGGUCCUGCUGGUGCAGACAAAUGCUCAAGUUGA